AUGAAGAAAACAUCUCUCAAGCUUGUCUUCUUGUUCUGUCUCACAGUCAUAGCACUUUGUUCGUAUUUGGUUGACGCAAGAGUGAUGACGGAAGAAGAAGUGAAUUGCCUCAGCGAAAAAUGUCCCCAAGAAAAGAAGAACUGUAACUCGUCGUCGCCGUUAGCACCUACAAUGGAGACCACUGCGCUUUGCUACGAAGAUAAUGACUGCAACAAGUACUGUCCUAAGGAAUGCAACUCUAGCCGUCCCUGUGUAUGUGCGUGUAAUGGAGGACAAUGUUUCUGUCAGUGUUAAAAGAUCCGAAUAGGAACC